AUUUAUUAUUUGUAUUAUUGUUUAGUAUUUUUUGAUUAUUUACUUGUCUCGAUGCGCUUUUAAUCUCGAGGACCGCCAGCAAGUUCUCUGUGCUGUGGCAGAGGCAGGAAGCUUAGCUAUUCCAUCCAUGGCGGCCACCGGAGCUCCUCUUUUUCCCGCCAAUUUAACGCCGGUUUUCCUCCGGGAGGCGACUUCGUCAUCCGUCGGAAAGUCGAAACCCAAGCAGAUUUCGUUUUCGACCUCGUCUAGGCGAUUCGCCGUGUCCACGGAACAACCGCCAACGACAGCGACGAAGACGACCAGUCGUUUCUCGGGGAGUGGAAAGUUGGAGAAGCGUGAAGAAGCUGAGCCGGUAAAGGCAACAAGGUCUGAGGAUCCGGCGGUGGAGCGUGGGAGCUUCAAGGAUUACUUCGAGCGGUCAAAGGAGUUGGUGAGCGGAUCGGACGGCGGUCCGCCUCGGUGGUUCACGCCCUUGGAGUGCGGCCCUCCAUUGACUGACUCUCCUCUGCUCCUCUUUUUGCCUGGGAUUAUUGGCGUUGGACUUGGACUUAUCAAGCAACAUCAGAGACUUGGAAAGAUUUUUGAGAUAUGGUGCUUGCACAUUCCAGUUGUGGAUCGAACACCGUUUACAGAACUGGUGAAGCUAGUUGAAAGAACGAUUAGGUCAGAGAACCAUCAUUCACCGAAUAGACCCAUAUAUCUUGUUGGAGAAUCUUUUGGAGGAUGCCUUGCUCUGGCCGUGGCAGCUUGUAAUCCUGAUGUUGAUCUUGUGCUAAUUUUGGCUAACCCAGCUACAUCUUUUAGCCGGUCUCAUCUGCAACCGCUAAUACCAGUACUGGAUAUUAUGCCACACCAGCUCCCUCUUAGCCUCCGUUACAUGUUGAAUUCAAUGACAGGCGAUCCUUUGAAGAUGAUGAUAGAGAGAGUGGUGAAGGGACUUCCUUUUCAACAAACAAUUGGAGAGCUAUCACAGGAUCUUGUUGCAAUUUCAUCUUAUCUCUCUGUUCUGGCUGAUAUCUUACCGAGAGAAACACUUCGAUGGAAGCUUCAAAUGCUUAAAUCAGCUUCAGCAGUUUCCAAUUCACGCCUCCAUGCUGUAAAAGCUCAAACAUUGAUAAUUUCCAGUGGAAAAGAUCAGUUGCUGCCUAGUAAAGAAGAAGGUGAAAGACUAUAUCGAGCACUGCCAAAAUCUGAGAUUCGUAAGUUCAAUGACAAUGGUCAUUUCCUCUUUUUGGAAGAUGGUAUUGAUUUGGUAACUAUCAUUAAGGCUGCUGGUUUCUAUCGUCGCAGAAAGUACAUCGACUAUGUCUCAGAUUACAUGCCACCAACCCCUGCUGAGUUCGAAAAAGUAUAUGAUGAAAAAAAAUGGUUUAAUGUUGUUACUAGCCCUGUGAUGCUCUCAACUUUAGAGGAUGGAAAGAUUGUGAGGGGUCUUGCUGGAAUACCUUCAGAGGGUCCAGUCUUGCUAGUUGGCUAUCACAUGUUACUGGGACUUGAAUUGGUUCCCUUGGUUACAAAAAUAUUUUUGGAGAGAAAUAUCCUUGUGCGAGGUAUGGCACAUCCAAUGACGUUUGUGAGAGAUAAAGAAGGAGCCUUACCUGAUUUAUCAACAUAUGACUCAUUCAGAAUAAUGGGUGCAGUUCCUGUCUCAGCAACCAACUUCUACAAGCUUAUGUCUUCAAAGUCUCAUGCUUUGUUGUAUCCAGGAGGCAUGCGUGAGGCUCUACAUCGGAAGGGUGAAGAAUACAAGUUAAUGUGGCCAGAACAGUCUGAGUUUGUCAGAAUGGCAGCAAGAUUUGGAGCCAAAAUCAUCCCUUUUGGUGCUGUUGGAGAAGAUGAUAUAGGCGAAGUAGUUUUUGAUUAUGAUGACCUAAUGAAGAUUCCUUACUUUAAGGGUGAAAUAGAAAGAAUAACAAACGGGGCUGCAAAGCUAAGGACUGAUACGAAUGGGGAGGUGGCAAACCAAGGUAUACACCUUCCAGGAAUUCUACCAAAAUUUCCUGGUCGGUUUUAUUUUUACUUCGGGAAACCCAUUGAAACAGAAGGGAGGAUGCGGGAAUUAAGAGACAAGGACAAAUCACACGAAUUAUAUUUAGAAGUCAAGUCUGAGGUUGCGAGAUGCAUUGCUUAUUUGAAGGAAAAAAGAGAAUAUGAUCCUUACAGAAAUUUAUUAUCCCGUUCAAUUUAUCAGGCUACACAUGACUUUACAUCUGAAAUUCCUAUAUUUGAAUUGUAAAUUUUUCGCUCAAAUUGAAGAUGAAUUCCACCUUGAAAUUUUUUAUUUUUUUCUUUCAUAAUUUUUUCCGAAGAAGCCCACGGACUUUUCCUGGGAUAUUGUAGCCAUAUAUUGUAUGAUAUAAAUGCCGCCACAUUUCCACAAGGGUUUACGAAAA